AUGAUAGCUAGGUCUGCUGCACGUUAUAAUUUAACUCAUAGAUGUGGAUCAAUCCUACCGUUUCAGCUACAGCCACAAAUACUGCUACAACUGCAGCAGCAGCAGCAGCAGCAACAACAAACACUGCAUGUACCGCUUCAAUUUACACAAGUACGACAGCUCUCCUCAUUUGACCACAAUGCCAUAAUAACAGGUUUUACUGAAUCCUUCCAGACCAUUCAUGAAUACACUCAUUUACCAUGGUGGGCUCUAAUCCCCUUGAGUACAUUUGCAUUGAGAUCAGUAUGGACAUUGCCCUUGGCCAUAAUGCAGAGAAAGAGGAUACAAAAACAGAGUUCAUUAAAACCCAUAGUUAGUGCACUUGGCCCAGUGCUUAAGAUGAAUCUUGCCAAAAGGGUUCAGCAGGCCAAAACACUUCUGCAGAAACCAGAAACUGAGGACCAUACAAGGGCCGCUCAGGCACCAUUGGCAAAUAUGACCUACGAGCAAAUAUUAUUGUUGAGUACAAAAGAAGUGCGGAAACGUCAAAAAGUAUUAUUCAAAAAACACGGUGUUCAGAUAUGGAAGAAUUUCCUUUUACCUGCAUGCCAGAUCCCGCUUUGGAUUAUUAUGUCAUUGACUAUGCGUGAUUUGAGCGGUUGGUCAUCUUGGGAUAAUAUACACAACAAGGCUUUGGACCCUAGUCUUUAUACCGAAGGUUGUCUUUGGUUCCAGGACCUUACUAUUGCAGAUCUGGCGCAUAUUUUCCCAGUGAUAUUGGGAAUUAUUUCCUUGUGCAAUAUCGAGUGGACUUUCAAGACAUUGGAGCUUUCGCGUUUAACACAGAAGUUGAAAUACAGACCAACGUUGACAGAUGCAGUGGCCAAUUUCUCAAGGUUAUCAAUUGUGUUUAUGAUGGCAAUCUCUAUACAUGCACCAGCGGCAUUGACAUUGUAUUGGAUCAGCUCCCAGUUUUUUUCACUCAUUCAAAAUAUAUGGCUUGAUUUGAAAAUACCAAUAACCUAUUCUCCAAAAAAGAGGUUUUAA